AUGGAUCAACAAGCAGCCUUCUGGCUUCAGCCUGACGCCGAAAAUGACCAACUCGAAUUGCCAAGAUUUGGCGAGGCUCUCGAUCCACAUCAUACAGCGAAGUCGGACUCACAGGUGGCACUCGACUUUCCUGACAACAUUUCUGACCUCGCGCUGAUGGACAAUUACUUCGAAAACUCUGCUUCGUUUGAAGCUGAGAUCAGUAACACCAAUUUCGGCUGCACAAGCCCGGCCGUUGCACACACCGGCAGCAUCUGCUCGCCUCUUCCCUCCGGUGGCAUCCCGGAGAACCAUCCUCUACACACGAAUCUUUUUGAUGAGCUGAUGGACUUCCCUGAUCGCUCCUCAGAACCUGUCGCCCACAUCAACGAAUACCCGCAUAAUUGCUCACAAGCUCUGUUUGGACCUCAUGAGAACAGCAUUGAGCCUGAUACCGAGCCCCAGGAUAGCGAUAAUCCAAACAUCAUGCCUCUGGAAACGAUGGACCUCGACCUGAUGCACACUCCUCUCAAUUAUUGCGGUAACUCGCCGGGCCCUCACUGGCCGUCUCUCGAAAUCAGCGAGGACGAUCUAGGCAACCAGACUUCCGAGCCGCCUGUUGCCAUGUCCCUCAGCGACGAAAGCGCUCUUGCCAGGUCGAGCAAACCGAAGCGAAACCGCCUUUCUCCAAAUGCUCGGAGAGUCCUGGACCAGCAAUUCCAAAAAAACCCGUACCCAACUCAUGAAGACAUUUCUCAACUGGCCAAGUCCACUGGGUGCGACGUGAAGAUCAUCAGGACGUGGUUCAACAAUGCGAGGUCGCGAAGAUCGUACAACGUACCAGAUGGUGAAUCCCAUGUGAACUUGACGAAAGGAACCGGGCCAAAUUUCAGACCGCCAGCCACCCGACAGAACCCCCCGGAGGACCCAAAAUGUCGACAAAAAAGCAGCGUCUCAUUAUCUGCAACCUCCACUUCCUCCGGGGGAUCACAACUGAGCAUCUCAAAUGUUGAGACCGUGGCAAAGGCCUCGAAAACAUCAAGCAGGUCUUCACUUGAGCGGUUCUUGCAGUCUCCAGAAGAGGCAGCCUCAUUACAGGCUAUCAAGAAAGCAUCCAUGCAAAGUGGUUCAACUCCAAUCAUACUGGGAGGAGAUGCAUAUGACCUCCAUCACAGAACAGAACACCGACGUCGGCCCCAUGUGUUGACGCCAGUUCGAAGGACGGAACCUGACCGAAAUUUUCUCUUCGCCGGCUCGGCGAACGGGUCUGAAGCCGGAUAUUCGAGCUUGGAUAGCCACAGCUGCUCCUCUGUCGGAAGCUCCUUCUCCGCUCGAUCCGACUAUAGCGAUGCAUCGUCUCAACUACGACCGCGGCGGAAAGGCAGGCGGUUGUACCCGCACCACCGGGUGGCGCCGUACCUCGUGGAUGAUUGGCGCGGCGCAUCAUCUAACAACUACAGCCGCAUGUUUCGAAAAACCGCCCAUACGUUUGAAGGAUCCCCGCGUGCAUCAACCCACUCACACGUCCCGGACGGCUCAUCCUGGUCCGCUGUCAGCUUGCUACAUGAGUCAUCUCAUGUGAAGAAACCAUCAUACUUCUGCACAGUAUGCGGGGACUAUUUUACAAAGAAGUACGCGUGGAAGCGGCACGAAGAGUCUGUUCACUAUCCACAAACAAUUUGGGUGUGCAGUCCACGAGAAGGCCCAAAAGUCACAUGUGUUUACUGCCAGGAAGUCCCAGAAGACUGGUCUCAGCACAAUUGUCACAGUUGCAUCAGCGUACCAGAGGAGGAGCGUACAUUUUACCGCAAGGAUGGGUUGAAACAACACAUUCUACAGGUGCACAUGAAAGAGUCCAUCGAAAAGGACGAUGUAUCCAGGCACAUCCGUGCAGCCGAGCGCCGCAUUAACGAACGCCAACUGGGAGAUGUAGCCCUUCACUGCGGGUUCUGUGGCAAUGACUGCAAAGACUGGCGAGAGCGGAUCGCGCACUUGGAUGAGCAUUUCCGGACGGAUGCCACACCCGAUGAGUGGUGGCCAGAGAGACAGGGUUACGACUCAAAAGCCGACUGGUCGGACUCGGCGAAACAUAAGGCAGUUGCCGAUAUAACCAUGAGAAAGCAUGCAGAACGGCACAAGUUCCGGGAUUGCCACCAGCCCGUAUUCUGCAACAUGGUAGAUUUCUGGAGUCACCUAACCGAAUUUCACGGAGCAUCUCCACACCCUUGGUGUUGCUUUGAUGGAUAUUCAAUGGAUGCUGGGCAAUGCAUCAAGUGUGAGCAGCAGUUGCUUUCGUAUGGUAUAACCCCCAACGCUUCGGUGCAAGAAAUUCAGGAUGGAAUCGAUUUCAUCCAGAUACGCAUCAACACCCUCGACCCUGAUUCAGACACGUUCUGGCGAGACAAGACCGACCUUGGUGAAGCUCUCGUCAUGUUAGAGGCACUUCUCAACCGUCGUCGGGAACAGGCACCUGGUUCUUCAGAUCAACGCAACCGCACAAAACCCAAAGAGAUCCAAUAG